AUGGACAGCAUCAUCAUCUAUGGCUCCAUCGAGAAGAUUCCUCUGUACAAUUGCAGCGCUCACUCCGCUUCCGAAUGGAGCGAACUAGAUGGGGAAAAGUGGCCGAUGGUUGGAGCAGGCCUUAUUGCAUAUGGCAUUGUUAUUGAUCUUCUCUACCUACCAAUUCUCCUGAUCAUGCUGGAAAAGGAACUUUUCGAAAAAUCGUGUUUCAAAAUCAUGUUUUUGCUCGGAGUCACCGAUUUCUUCACACUAAUCAUAAUCUCCAUUUUGACGGGAUGGUUUGCAAUCAAUGGCGCUGUGUACUGCACAUACCCACGAAUAAUGUACAUCAGUGGGACUAUAGUCUGUGCGUUAUGGUGCAGUUCCUGCAUGUCGGCAUUGUUGCUCGUGGCGAAUCGUAUUCUGGGCAUGUCAAAGCCAACAUGGGCGGCGAUGAUUUUUGACGGAAAGAAAACCUACAUAGUUCUCAUGUUCCCAGUUCUCUACUUCAUUUUCUUCAUGUUCAACACCCCAGUUGUCUUCAGCUCCAAAUACUUUGCCUGGAUGUACACACCGCUCAUCUUUCCUGAUAGAAACUUGGAGUAUUUCAACCGGCCGCAUACUAUUAACAACUUUUCGGUUGUCACAUUGACAUGUAUCGUUUAUACGCCUUUUCGAAUUAUAAUUGCAAAUCAGUUCAAGAAACUUAUUCAUGGCGAUUCACCGCAGCUUCAGAACGCGAAAACCCAAGUAUUCCUCCAGUCGACUUUUAUCUGCGCGGUCAACCAGUUUGGAUCUCUGAUCUACGUUAUCAUGAAUGUCAUAGUAGUCCCAGGCUGGCUCAUCAUGUCUGCUCACUUCAUCUGGCAAUUCGUACAUGGAUGUCCAGUUUUAAUAUAUCUUACGCUGAACGAAACAAUUCGAGUUCGUUUUGUGCAGAAGUUGAAGCUGAAUGUGAUCUUUGGGAAUAAGGUGUUGCCGAGUACCACAACAAACACAACUAUGAAUACUCCUAAUAAUUGA